UGGCCCAAAACGUCCAUCCAGCCCACCAUAACCACCAUUCGUCUGGAUCCCUUUGGACCUCUACUGUGUGAAGUCGGAGACUCCGCCCUCUCAUCACCGUAUGAUGACCUUAUAGAUCCACAUCUGAUGGUAUAAACCUUAUAAAGUAGGUACACCAGAUUGACUGGAGUGAGAUACAGAGGUGUUGUAUCGCAUGAGAAAGAGCCUCAGGCUCAGGCAAUGAGUAAGGCAAGACGAAAGGAGAUAGGCAUGACAGAGACCUGAAGCGCUUCGCUCGUCUUUAUAGCUCAUCCUUCGCAUUUCUGCAAUUCCAAGGUAGUAGAAGAAGAACAGUGGAAGGGAAGAGAAGAAAAAUGGGGGAGGAAGACAAGAAGGUAGAAGAAUCUAAGAGUGCAGAUGGAGAGGCAAAGAAACCAGAAGAAGAGAAGAAGGAGGAAGCCAAGGCUGAGAAACCCAAGGAGGAGGAAAAGAAAGAGGCGAAAACAGAGGAGUCGAAGGAUGCCAAAGAUGCCGACACCAAGGAAUCCAAGGAGCCACCUUCACCGAAAGAGAUUGUUCUCAGAGUCUACAUGCAUUGCGAGGGAUGUGCAAGGAAGAUCAAGAGAAGCUUGAGAGGAUUCGAAGGAGUAGAAGAUGUUCAGACUGAUUGCAAGACUCAUAAGGUGAUUGUGAAGGGUGAAAAGGCCGAUCCUUUGAAGGUUUUGGAAAGAGUUCAACGGAAGAGUCAUAGACAUGUUGAGCUUCUCUCCCCGAUACCGAAACCUCCGGCAGAAGAUGCAAAGAAAGAUGAAGACAAAAAAGAGAACGUUAAAUCAGAGGAGAAGAAAGAAGAGCCUCAGGUGAUCGUAGUAGUAUUAAAAGUUUACAUGCACUGCGAAGCUUGCACUCUGAAAAUCAGAAAAUGUAUACUGAAAAUGAAAGGAGUUGAAGCUGUGGAUCCGGAUCUGAAGAGCUCACAGGUAACGGUGAAGGGCGUGUUCGACCCACCAAAUCUGGUUGAGUAUGUCUACAAGAGAACAGGGAAGCGCGCUGUGAUCGUGAAGCAAGAGCCAGAGAAGAAAGAGGAGAAGGACGAAAAGAAGGGUGAAGAGAAAGAGAAGGGAGGAGGAGAAGGCGGAGAGAAGAAGGAAGAGAAGAAAGAAGAAGAAAAAGGAGAAGCGAAGGCGGCGGCGGAGGAAGUAGCAGGAGGAGGAGGAGGAGGAGGGGAAGAGGAGACUAAAGUGGUGGAAUUGAAGAAGAAUGAGUUACUGUACUACUAUCCAUACUACUAUACCCCCAAAUACGCCAUGGAACAUGCGUAUCCACCUCAGAUCUUCAGUGACGAAAACCCAAACGCCUGUUCAAUUAUGUAAAAAAGUUUGAGUAAUUAAGCAUUAGCAUUCGCCAUUCCAGAAUUCUAGUCAUCCUUUCUGGUUCAUCAACCUUUCCUCUUCCCCUUUCUUUCUCCCUCUCUCUCUUUAUAUGUAUAGAUUUCAUCACUCUGUCCUUUCGUGUCUCUCUCUCUCUCUCUCAUUCUCUCAGUAUAAAUCUAUGGAGGAAAGCUGUAGAAAAUUUUGGUGAGUUUGUACUUUUCUUUCUUACAGCUAUUUAAAUCCAUAAAUAAAAGAACAAUUUCGUGUA